AUGGAAAGAAAAUUUGCUGCUCAGCCCGAAUUCAAAGAUUUAUACUCCGAAUUUAUGGAUGACUACAUCAAAUCAGGUCACAUGAGUGCAUGUGAGCAACCCCUUUCUGGUGAAUGUUACUAUUUACCCCACCAUGGAGUAUUUAAGGAGAAUCCCCCUAAUUCCAAAAUACGAGUCGUAUUUGAUGGUAGUUCCAAAACAAACAAUGGCGUCUCCCUAAACGAUAUCCUCAUGCCUGGCCCUAAGUUGCAGAAUGAUAUUAGUGAUGUCUUGCUGUACUUUAGGUGUCACAAGUUUGUGUUCACUUGUGAUAUACGACAGAUGUAUCGCCAGAUUCUGGUGGCUGAAGAUGACAAGAAAUAUCAGUUAAUCUUUUGGCGAUCCAACCCUGAUGAAUCCCUUCAAGUCUUAAAGCUAAAUACCGUCACCUACGGUCUCAACUGUUCCCCCUUCAUUGCGAUCAGAACAUUACAACAAUUGGUCAAAGAUGAGGGUCACUCAUACCCCAAGGCGUCUGAGAUUCUAACUAAAUCAAUAUUUUAUGACGACAUCAUCGCUGGAGCAGAAAGUCUUGAUGAAGCUUUGUCUGCACAGAAUGAACUCAAGAACUUGCUCUCUAGAGGAGGUUUUGAACUCCGAAAAUGGAUUAGCAACGCACCCCAACUAUUGGACCAAGUCCCAAUUGAACACAAAGAGACUCCAGUGGAGUUAACUGAAAAUAGUGAAGCCUUCUUCAGUGUCCUAGGUCUAAAAUGGACUCCAGAGUCCGACAUGCUUUCUUACAAGGUUAAGGAUGUUGAAAUAAGUGCUAUACUUACAAAGAGAAGAAUAUUAUCUACAAUCGCUAAACUGUACGAUUUACCAGGGUUUCUUACACCCGUAAUUUUCUGGGCAAAAACACUUAUUCAGUAUCUCUGGACAACAGGGCUAACUUGGGAUGAACCUGUUCCAAAUGAUGUUAGAACCAAGUGGCAUUCAUUCUUAGAAGAACUCCCAAUAAUUCAAGAACUAAGAAUUCCACGCUACAUUUCUACUUCUCUGCAUACGGCUGUGCAACUCCACGGCUUCAGCGAUGCUUCAGAGAAAGGCUACGCUGCUGUUGUCUACCUUCGUGUCACUGACUCUCAAGAGAAUACAAGGCUCUAUCUCAUCGUCUCUAAAUCAAAAGUCGCUCCUUUGAAAAGAAUUUCUCUGCCACGGCUUGAACUUUGUGGCACUCACUUACUGGGAAAACUUCUUCAAUAUUCUUCAAACAUACUCUCUGCUCAUAUGAAGAUUGAAUCAAUAUAUGCUUGGUGUGACUCCACAAUUGUCCUAACCUGGAUACGCACUCUUCCAUACCGCUUGAAAGUCUUCAUUGCCAAUCGUAUUUCAGAACUCCAAGAAUUGGUCUCUCCUCACUCAUGGAAUUAUGUCAAAUCUCAAGACAACCCGGCAGAUUGCGCCACUCGUGGUCUUUCACCCUCUCAACUUGUGACUCAUCAUUUAUGGUGGAAUGGACCGGAAUGGUUACAGUCAUCGCCAGAUUCUUGGCCUAAGCCAAAAUUCACACCUGUUAUUGAUGAUGACACUCUUGAAAUAAGGCCAAAUCCUCUAAACGUUCUAGCAACCACAGAGAAGAUUAAACUCACUGAUUUUGAUAUACUAGAAAAAUAUUCAUGUUUCAGGAAACUUGUAAAUGUCAUGGCAUAUAUAUUGCGAUUCAUUCAUAAUCUGCAAGCCAAUGAUCACCGCAUUGGACGACUUACUUGCCAAGAAACUUCUUCAGCGAAAUUAAGAAUUUUCAAACUCAUACAAAAUACAUCAUUUAAGGAUGACAUCUCUGCUCUCAAAAAGGGAUCUCAAUGCAGCUUAAAACUUGCUCGUUUAUCCCCAUAUAUUGAUGACAGUGGAAUAGUGCGAGUAGGGGGCAGGUUGAAACAUUCCAACCUUACACAAGAUGCGAAACAUCCAGUUUUGUUACCUAAAUCUCACUGUGCUGUCAAACUGUUGAUUAUGCAUUAUCACCUAAAGCAUCUACACGCAGGCCCUCAAUUGCUGCAGUCUAUUCUGUCUCAAGAGGUUUGGAUAUUAUCAGCCCGCAGCGUGAUAAGAUCUGUGAUUUUCAAGUGUCAAAGAUGUUUCAGACUUAAGCCUGUAAACAAACCUCCACUGAUGGGAGAUCUUCCUGAAACUCGAUUAAAACCUGUAAGGCCAUUCUAUCACACUGGCAUGGACUAUAGUGGACAUUUUGACAUUAAAGUUCAUUCAACUAGGAACACUCAACGGUUAAAAUCAUACCUCUGCCUCUUUGUAUGUUUUGCUACGAAAGCUGUGCACCUAGAAAUUGUAACAGACCUAUCUGUAGACUCCUUCAUAGCUGCACUAAAACGUUUUGUUUCUCGUCGUGGAUUGUGUGCCCACUUAUACUCAGAUUGCGGAACUAACUAUGUUGGAGCCUCAAAGCAACUCAUGAAAACUUUUCAGAAUUUCAUCAAGGAAUCAAACACUAAAGAUGCUCUUAACAACUUCGCAUUAGAUCACUCAAUAAAUUUUCACUUUCAACCACCAGCCGCUCCCCACCAAGGAGGCCUAUGGGAGAGUGCUAUAAAAAGCUCUAAAUAUCAUCUGAAAAGAGUCAUAGGUGAUAGAGUUCUAACACUAAUGGAAAUAAUAACACUCGCCACACAGGUGGAGGCUGUACUAAACUCGAGACCCUUAACAGCGUUAUCCGCAGAUCCAUCUGACAUCUCAGCCCUUACUCCGGGUCAUUUUCUUAUCGGCACUUCUCUUGUGGCAGUACCGGAACCAAAUCUUGAAGAAGUUCCCGAAAAUCGUCUCAACCAUUGGCAAACUGUACAAGCCCUACAUCAACGCUUCUGGCGACGUUGGCAUCAAGAAUAUUUACAUCAGCUACAACAAAGAAAGAAAUGGGAAAAGCCCAACAAGAAUCUAGAAGUGGGUGAUCUCGUUAUAAUUCAGGACCCUAGAACACCACCACUACUUUGGCCUCUUGGACGCAUAGUGAAGACUUCGCCUGGAUCGGACGGCAUCGUCCGAGUUGUCACCAUCAAGACUCAGCGGGGAUUUUUUUUGACUAGCAUUUGGCGACACAUCCAGGGGAACGGGAUAGUGAAACUCUACAAGAGUCGUCCUGACAUCAAGCUCCACUGCGGUAUGCUGUAUGCUCUGGCCUUCCUGCCGGUGGCAGAUGUACCAGCUGGAAUGCUCUUCCUUUGGGCGUCUGCUCCAGACCUACUGAAAACAAAUAAUUUCUGCGAGUCUUGGAACAACAGAUUCCAGCACCUUGUGGGAUGUACAAACCCAUCAUUCUGGACGGUCUUUCGCGCGAUUCAGGAGGACGAGGCUCUGGAGCGCACUAGUCGACUGCUACCAUCAGAACUACGACAGCGCUUACACAACUAUGAUGAUGAAGUUAGAGGUUUAUUCUCUGAUUUUAAAGCUUUAUUCGAUAAAGUAGUUUAUGAUGAUCCUGGUUCUGAUUAUGACGAAACUGAAGCAUGCUCUAUGCAAGAUGAAAUUUCGGACUUGUACAUUUCUCUGAUCAGUGACUUGAAAAUAGUGUUACCUGCUAAAACUAAAGAAGUAACACCUCCCACCCAACCAUCUCUGCGACUGCCCAAAUUUGAGUUGCCCAAAUUCAGCGGUAACUACGAAGAAUGGGUGUUUUCCAAAGAUGGUCAGCAAACUGUACUCCGUGCUGUGCUCGACUCUGCAUCUCAACUUACAUUGAUAUCUGAAAGAGCUGUUCAGCUCAUCAGUGCCUCCCGUACUCGAGCACAUGAUGAAAUCCAAGGAAUUUCUGGCUCACUAAUUCAUUCUAGAGGAGUAGUGCACAUUGAUAUAUCUGCAGUUAAUGGUCAACGCUUAGCCUACCAUCAUCCAUGCUUGGUUUUGAAUCGUAUCACUUCACCACUGCCUCAGAUCCCCGUCUCACCUCAAGUGAAGGGAUCUUUAAAUGAUUUUGUUCUUGCAGACCCCUGUUUUGACAAACCUGGAGAAAUUGAUCUAUUGAUCGGAGCUGAUUUAUUCGCUCUCUCACUGACUGGUGAGCAGCACUUCUUAGGCCAUAACCUGCCCCAAGUUUUAGGAACUAUAUUCGGAUUUGUUGUAAUGGGCAUAGCUCCUGUUGCUACAUCUGAGUUAUCAAUCCCAAAAACUGUUUCUGAUAAAAGGCACCUGUUGUUUGAUGGUGUAAACACUUAA